GUAGCCACAAGGGAUUUAUGCUUUCUCAUCGAAGUUAAAAAGUUUAAACAUUGUUAAACGAUAAUGUAGUGUAGGGAACAGAUAUAGAACUGCUUGUACCGAAAUAACACAUAUUUCCUGUCUUUUUAAAAUCGGAACGGACCUAUGAUUUCAUUCCUGUAAGAACUUUCCAAAAAGGAGAGGACAAGUCACCAUUGUUCGAACUGGAUCGCCUAACGCUCUCGAGAUAUCCUAUCCCUGUGAGGAAGAGUUACCGAGGGCAGCUGACGAGAGUGAGGGGCAGUGACGCAAAACUCACAGUAUAUGAAAGCAGCCGUGUGGACUGACGCUCAGGACUCUGCAGCUCUGUCUUACACUCACAGGGGUUACCUUCCCCUGAGGGAUACACUUCACGUUGGGUCACUCUUGUUUGGUUCAGAGACCUUUUUUUCUUUUAGACUCUGUUUUUUUUAACGCAACCAUUUUUUCGAGCUCCAGACUGGGAUUUUCCCUCAUAUUAUGCACAUCAAUGGAUACAAGUGGUUCAGUGGUUAGCACAGGAGCUGAGGAGCAGUCCUUUCAUGUCCGCUACAGGAUGGAGGUGUCCUGCCUGGAGCUGGCACUGGAGGGUGAGCGGCUCUGUAAGGUGGGAGACUAUAGGGCAGGGGUCUCGUUCUUUGAAGCCGCCAUCCAGGUGGGCACGGAGGACCUACAGGUGCUCAGCGCCAUCUACAGCCAGCUUGGGAAUGCCUAUUUUCAUCUGCACGAUUACGCCAAAGCCUUAGAGUACCACCGACAUGACCUCACACUCACCAGGACAAUUGGUGAUCUACUUGGAGAGGCCAAGGCCAGUGGAAACCUUGGCAACACAUUGAAGGUGCUGGGACGAUUUGACGAGGCUGUGGUUUGCUGUCAGAGACACUUGGACAUAGCGAGAGAUAUUGGUGACAAGGUUGGUCAGGCACGAGCUCUGUAUAACUUUGGAAACGUGUAUCAUGCCAAAGGAAAAAGUAUCUGUUGGAGCGGAGCAGAGCCUGGAGAUUUUCCAGAGGAGGUCAUGGAGGCUCUUAGGAAGGCAGCUGAGUACUACGAGGCAAACUUGGCAAUAGUGAAGGAGCUUGGGGAUCGAGCUGCACAGGGUCGAACGUAUGGCAACCUCGGCAACACGCACUACUUGUUAGGGAACUUUCGUAAAGCUGUAGCUUCUCAUGAGCAGCGCUUGCUCAUAGCUAAGGAGUUUGGUGACCGCUCAGCAGAGAGACGGGCUUACUGCAACCUAGGAAACGCCUACAUCUUUUUGGGGGAGUUUGAAGUAGCAGCUGAACAUUAUAAGAGGACACUGCAGCUGGCAAGGCAGCUAAAGGACCGAGCUGUGGAGGCUCAGGCCUGCUAUAGUCUGGGUAACACAUACACACUCCUCCAGGACUAUGAGAGAGCAAUCGACUAUCACCUGAAACACCUCAUCAUCGCCCAGGACCUCAAUGACAGGAUCGGGGAGGGUCGUGCAUGCUGGAGUCUUGGAAAUGCUCACACUGCUUUGGGGAAUCAUGACCAGGCCAUGCACUUUGCUGAGAAACACCUGGAGAUCUGCAAAGAGACUGGAGACAGGAGCGGAGAGCUGACUGCUCGUAUGAAUGUAUCCGACCUCCAGACGGUUCUGGGUCUGAGUUAUAGCACGAAUAACUCCACGCUGUCAGAGAACAAGGAUGUAGACUACAAUCAGCAUGGAGCGAGGCCCAGAAUGAGCAGAAGACACAGCAUGGAGAACCUGGAGCUGAUGAAACUCACCCCAGACAAGAUUAAUGGUCAAAAGUGGAACAGUGACAUCCUGACCAAACAGUCCAAACCCUCCUUGGCUAAAACCUCCACUAAGCUAUUCUUUGUCAACCGCCUGCGUGGGAAAAAGUACAAGACUGGCAGCUCCAGUAAAGUCCUCCAGGACACCAGUAACACCCUGGACACCAGCCAGAUGCCAGCACAGGGACCACAGAAGCGACUCAGUCCUGACACACUUGGUGACGAGGGCUUCUUUGACCUGCUCAGCCGAUUCCAGAGCAACCGUAUGGAUGACCAGCGCUGUUCGAUACAGGAUAAGGGCAGCAGGUUAUCAUUAAACAGUGGUCCAGAGUCACCUCCAAGAGCUAUCAGGAAAUCUGUAUCGGAGUCUGCAAACGUCUCAGGUGUCCCAGGCCGGAGGUUAGAGGACUCAUCAGCAGCAGGGGGCAGCCUGCCUGGCCUCAGGCUCAAUCAAAACAGCAACCAAGCCGUACUCAGUCACCUGAUGGCAAAUGCAGACAAUGCUGAGCCCGAUGAUGACUUCUUUGAUAUGCUCGUCAAGUGCCAGGGGUCCCGUUUGGAUGACCAGCGCUGUGCCCCUCCUCCUCCUCCAGUCCGCGGGCCGACUGUACCAGACGAGGACUUCUUCAGCCUCAUCAUGCGCUCCCAGGCCAAACGAAUGGAUGAGCAGCGUGUCACCCUCCCUUCAGCAUCUAACGCCAGGCCCGACUCUAACUGAACUCGGCACUAGAGAGAGACCGGUUCUCUCAUGAAGGUGUGGACAACACCACAGAUCUAUCUAUGUGGGGUCAUUCAGAUGAACGUUUCUCUUGACUGUUGCCCUUCUGGACAGAACAAAGCACUGUCAGCAUUAAUGUAGUAAACUGUACAGGAAAAGAAUCUCAAAUCAUACAUGGACUUGAUUCACACAACUUGCACAACACCAGCAAACUCAGUAGCUUCAGGGAUAAAAGUGCUUUUUAGUAUUGUCAUAAAUCUGUUCUUCUACUGAUGGCAUUUCACCAUUUGUGUAUUUUUCAAUACACAGCUGCAGUUAUGUUUGUAUUUAUUGUACUUUUUAUGAUUGUGUUGAUUCCUUUAACUGCCGUCCUACCACAAAAUGUGUUUGUACCACUGUGGAGUCUGAGUCAGUGUGGACACACAGGUACAGCACUCUUUCCAUGUAUUAUGCUCAUAUGUGAGGGUUUUUUUGUUUUUGUGUUUUACAGCCACAAUGGCCAGGAAAGGGGAGAGGUAUUUUAAGCAAAGUGAUAAAAAAUGAAUUUAACCCCUGUACAGCCCAUAUGCUAUUUUGUACAACAUUCAACCAUGAGGAAUAAAGCCUCGUUUGUAAAAUCA